GCAGACAUAGCCACUUGGCUUUUUUGCCACGUUUAUGAAACAGCGCAGUGCAGAAGGGACGGGGGUCGUGUUUUAACCCCGCUAUUACGCUUGAACCUGCGUACGUCGCAAUGAAUGUGAAUGGAUGGAGACAUCCCAUUCAAAGAAAAUUACAAACGGCAACUUCUCGACCACCUCCCAAUCAUUCAUCUCCCCACCCAUUGCCUCGUCCGCGCCUCUCUCACCAGGAAGUAUUUGCAGUGCGGAAUCAGCUGAGUUCAGAAUUCCAGCCAUCAAGCAGCUCAUCCGACAGCAGAAAAGGGAUGUAUAUAACUCGGUCACGUUAUUUAUUUUUAGUUUUUGCACGCCCCACGUUUACACCAUCACUAGCGGUAAAAGAUCUCUCUUAGUUUAAUUUUUAUAUGGCACUGGUACAGAUUUUCAUUUUGUGAACUGGUCAAUUCGUCAAAAACAGUUGAUUGUCAGUGGAAAGAAAAGAUCGCACCAAAACAGCUCGUGUUGCAGUAGAGCUAACAUUGAGCAUGCUGGGACUGCAGUGAGCCACCAUGGACCCAGAGGAACAGGAGCUGCUGAAUGACUACCGAUACCGGAGCUACUCGGCCGUCAUCGAGAAAGCUCUCCGAAACUUUGAGUCCUCCAGCGAAUGGGCCGACCUCAUCUCCUCUCUGGGCAAGCUGAACAAGGCCCUGCAGAGUAAUCUGAAGUACUCCCUCCUGCCGAAGAGGCUGAUCAUCUGCAAGCGUCUUGCGCAAUGCCUCCACCCCGCUCUGCCCAGCGGUGUGCACCUUAAGGCUCUGGAGACCUAUGAGGUCAUCUUCAAGAUCAUCGGCACCAAAUGGCUUGCCAAGGAUCUCUUCAUAUACAGCUCUGGGCUCUUUCCCCUGCUGAGUUAUGCUGCAAUGUCCGUGAAGCCGGCAUUGCUGACGCUGUAUGAGCGCUACUUCCUGCCCCUGCAGCGUGCCCUGCUGCCCAGCCUGCAGGCAUUCACCACGGGCCUGCUUCCUGGCCUCGAGGAGGGCCUGGAGGUCUAUGACAGGACGGAUGCCCUGCUGGUGAAGCUGUCCCUGUUGGUGGGUCAGCAAGUGUUUUAUGGGGCCCUGUGGGGCAGUGUGCUGAUCAGCCCCCUGGUUCGUCUCCCCGCCUCCCUCUUCAUCGUCACACACUUUGACAGUACCAGCUCUGCCCUCCAACAAAGAUAUAUGUUGGGCUCUGACCAUCGGCUGGUGAUGAAGUCGGUGUGCCUGUCACUGCAGGACUCUAACGUGCUGGUGCAGCGGAACAUGCUGGAAAUCCUUCUGAACUUUUUCCCCUUCUAUAGCUGUCUGGAUCCAACAGAGGCCUGCAUUCCUAUGACCCGGGAUGACGUGGUCACCAUUGUGUCUGCAGCCUCCCUCACUCUACUGAGAAGAGACAUGUCGCUGAACAGAAGGCUGUACGCCUGGCUUCUGGGCAUGGAUAUUAAAGGCAACAUGCAGGCACCAGACCCCCAACUGUCUCGCACGCUGGAGGAGCACACGGCCUUCUACUUUCACAAAUACUCCAGACAGCUGCUGGUACAGGCACUGAUUAGCAUCCUGCAGCAGAGGGGUGAAGAGACUGACACAGAGAGUAUCGUGGCCUAUCUCCGACCAUUCCGCAUCAUCCUCAGCCUACUGGACAAGCCAGAGAUAGGUCCUCAGAUCACAGGUGAGCUGAUGCUGGAGGUGGUCAGGGCUUUCUACCGGUACUGCAGGGAGAUGUUGGGGGAGGAUGCUGAUCUCAACUCCAGCUUCACAGGAAACCAGAUGACCAGUAAAAUCAAAGAGAACAAGAAUGCCUCUGAGAUCAUCAAGACAGUGAACAUGCUGAUCAGCUCCAUGAGCACAGAGUACCUGUGGGACUACAUGAGCAAGUGCUUCCAGGCCUCCCUCAGUGCACAGGCGUCAGGUGACUCAGCGACCAUCAUGCUGAUGGACAGCAGUGUCCCACCCUCUGUCUCUGAGCUGUCCAGUCUCAUCUUAUUUCUGCUGGACGUUGUCCCCCUGGAGCUGUACUCUGAGAUUCAAACGCAGUACCUGCCACAGAUGCUGGGCAGCAUGCUCCAUGCCCUCCAGAGUAACAUGACUCUACUGAGCUUAUCGGAGCUGACCCAGGGCCUGCGUGCUUGCUUUAAGGUGCUCAGUAAGAUCCAGAUGCCCGUGGCAUACAUGGACAUGGAGGCGGAGCUACAGACCCGGGAUGAAUACGGAGACCCUGCCCAGGUUGAGAAGGAGGGGCAGGUGGAGAAGGAGGUGGAUGAGGACGAUGGGCAGGUUGAUGGCGCUGAUGGAGUGGAAGAGGAGGAGGCGCAGGAAAUGGUGGCGCUGAACGGAGAGGAGGAGCAGAGGGCGGGGCCUGGGGAUGCAGCCCUCCCACCGCUGCGCUCUGAGGACAGCGGACUGGGCCUCAGCGCCUCACCCUCAGAGCAGCACCUCCUCCAGGGGAGGGAGAGAGCGGGGCAGUGCUUGUUCCCGGAGAAGGACGGUGUGUGGAGGAAGGGGGGCAGCAUGGAGGGCGUGACCCACAUAGUGCAGGACAUCCUGGCUGCUCUCAUCACCAGGUACCUGCUGCGGUUAGUGGAGAAGGAGAAGAAGCAGGAAGAUGAGGAGCAGGAAAUAGGGGAGCAGGAGGCCCCCCCCACGGUCCCCACGGGCAGAUCUCAGCUGGCCCAGAUCUCAGUGCCGCAAUUCAAAGAGAAGCUGACCGAGCUCUUCAACCAUGGCAGACCAAAGCACCAGCACCAGCAGCAGCAGCAGCAAGAGCUUCAGCAAGAGCUGGCUGAUAUCUCCUUCUCCCCAGGAGAGAAGAGGAAGUGUGCGGGCCGUGCGAGGCUUGACUGGGGGGCGGGGUACAUCCCCCGGGACCGGGGGGAGAUUUCGGAGGCGUGCCGGCAGACCUUCACCGCAGCCUGUCACCUGCUGCUGGAGUGCACCACCUUCCCUGUGUACCUGUCUGAGGACGAGGUGGAAGCGCUGUACAGCGCCAUGUUCCACAAUGCAGGCAGUGGUGAAGAUGCCUUCCCUCUGUGGCUGAGUUCCUUGAUGGUGCUGUGCUGCUUGUCAAAGGACUGCUACAUCCAGCAUGUGGCCAUUUCCUCUCUGCUGGAGUUGAUUAACCACUCCCAGUCGCUGGCCAUGGUCAUAGAGGACAAGAACCGCAGAUACAAGAGCUCGGAUACCAACCCCUUCUGUGGGCAGCUGCAGAUGGUCACUGUGCCCCCUGUUUGCCCUGGGGUUCUGAAGGCCAUCGAGGAUGGGACAGAUUUCUACCAGCGUGUGGCACAGGUGCUGUGGGAGCAGCUGGAUACGGAGCGGAGGGAACACCAUAUCUCCUGCGUGGAGCUCUUUUACCGCUUGCACUGCCUGGCACCUUCCGCCUCCAUCUGCGAGGACAUCAUCUGCCUGGCGUUACUGCACAAAGACAAGGCGGUACGACUAGAAGCUCUUCACCGGUUCUCAGUUCUGUGGCACCUGACCCGAGAGAUCCAGACCAGUCGGACCAUGUCGCUGAAUCGUUCCUUUGACAGGUCUCUGUUUAUGGUUCUGGACAGCCUCAACAGUCAGGAUGGGUCGAUCAAUGCAGCGGGACAGAGCUGGCUGGUUCGGGCCCUGUCCCUCAACGAUGUGGUCCGAAUCCUGGAACCGGUUCUACUCCUGCUGCUCCAACCAAGAACCCAGCGCUCCUCCAUCUGCUUUGUCAAACAGAACCUGACCAUGGGUAACCUGAAGCUUCUCAGCUGCAAGGAGCGAGCAUCCUCUCGCAAUGCGCAGUCUGGUGACGCUAUGGCAACUGACAGCCUAUCACAGGAUGGGCUGCUGGGUCGUGUGACCAUAGUGGACCGUGAGGCCCUCUGGGCCGAGGUGGAGCAUGCUCCUGAAAUGCGGCCCCCUGGGGAGUGUGGGAGUGAGAGUGACAACACCGAGGAAGAGGUUGAAGAAGAAGAGGAAGGGGGGAGACAGGAGAAGCAGGGAGAGGAGCAGGCAGAGGACAGCGAGCAUACCGAAUCAGCGGACACCAGCGGCGCCCAACUCUCCACGGAGAACUCCAGCUCAGGCUCCACCCCCUACCUGCAGCGACCAGACUGUGACGGCCCCGCCCCUGGCCACGCCCCGAACGGACUCCGCCGCAGCGACUCGGAGCGCACGCAGGCCUCAGAGUCGCUGUCGAGCGACGAGGACGAGGCGGAGCUGGAGGCGCUGGCCCGCUCGCGCCUUCUCAAGCAGGAGCUGGAGCGGCGGGAGGCCAUCGACUCGCUCUUCCGCCACGCGCUGCUCUACCUGCAGCCCUACGACUCCACGCGCGUGCUCUACGCCUUCUCCGUGCUGGAGACCCUGCUCCGGACCAACGGCCGACCCUUUGUGGAGGCCAUUUGCGACACGGGCGUGGACACCAGCUCCACCGCCCACCUCAACCUCAUCUGCAACCUGCUGCAGCGCCACCGGGAGGCGCUGGAGGGCCGCAGCUUCUACGGCCGGCUGCAGACCCAGUCCCCUUCGCCCUGCCCCCACUCCCUACUGGUGGAGCUGCUGACCUGCCUGUGCCUGCGGUUCCUACGCUCGUACUACCCCUGCCACCUGCGUCUGGGGCCCCGCGACCUGGCUGGGAACCGCGAUGUGCAGGUGAAGAGCGUGGAGGUGCUCACCCGCCUGGUGCGGCAGCUGGUGGGCCUGACGGCCUCUCGGGAGGGCCGGAACGCGGAUUUUGUGCGCCGCCUGUUGACGGACUGCAAGGUGCAGCAGUACAUCCUGCUUUCUCUCUCCGCCUCCAUGUACGUCAGCCAGCGGCAGGGCGACCCCCAGGGGGAAGAGUUUCCGGAGGGGCGGGGCGGUCUGUCGGAGGAGCAGCUGAUCAAUUUUGGGCGCGGCCCGGUGUGGUGCGAGCACCCGCUGCAGAUGGAGCUGCUGAAGCUGCUGCAGGUCCUCAUCGUGCUGGAGCACCAGGUGUGGCCGGGCGGGGGCUCGGAGCCCGCCCCCGUCGCCGCGGCGACUUCCCCACUUGCCAGGGAGUGGCAGACGGCUGUGCAGUUCCAGCAGUCGAUCCGCGCGCUGCAGUAUGUGCAGGCCCAACCCAUCCCCUCGCAAGGCAUGUUCGUCUCAGCUGCCGCCCGCGCCCUGCAGCCCCAGUACGGCUACGCCCUGCACGGGCCCUGGGUGACGCUUAUUUCCGCCACCCUCCCCUACCUGGGCCGCUCGCUGGCCGUCACUGUCGCCCCCUUCAUCGCCCAGAUCUGCAAGAACCUGGAUGAGCUGGUCAGGCAGUAUGACCAUGAGUCCCUCAAGGCUUCCCACAGCUGGAGUCCAAAGAGAGAGAACAUCGCCCCAGAUUACCCUCUGACCCUGCUGGAAGGGCUAACCACCAUUGCCCACUACUGCCUCCUGGAGGACAAGAAGUCUCCCAUGGCUCCUGACCCAGCAGACAUCCGUAAUGCACGCAAUGCGAUCAUCGAGGAGCUGCCACGUGCAGUCAACACCAUGGCGCUGCUGUGGGGUGUGGUCCGGAGGGAGGAGACACAGAAGAAGACCUCAGACUCCACCCCUGGUGGUGGCAGAAACACCUCCUCUGUCUACUUCAGGAGCAGCAAGAUCUUGAGACAGAAGAUUCUGGACUUCCUGAACCCACUCACAGUGCAGUUUGGGGUGCAGGUCAUGGCAUCGGUGGGGGCUGUCUGGAACAACCGAAAAAGUAGGAGGAGUCACAGCAAGAACAAGAUCUUGCCAGUGGCCAGCGAGUCCCAUCUGACAAUUGUGGAGCUGGUAAAGUCUCUGACCUCGCUGCGCACUGACUCCAUCCUGCAGCUCGUCAAAGAGGUGGUGAAAAAACCACACCAGAUAAAAGGAGACCAGAAAUCCACGCUUGUUGACAUUCCCAUGCUCCAGUUCAGCUAUGCCUUCAUCCAAGGCCUGGCUGUACAGAGCCUCCAGGAGAACAUCACUCCCAUUCUGAAUUUACUGAAGGAAUCGGUACAGCUGAACCUGGCCCCACCUGGACACUUCCUGCUGCUAGGGAUUCUCAAUGAUUUUGUAAACAGAGUUCCCAAUCUGGACAACAAGAGAGACACAAAAGACAUUCAGGAGGUGACCCAGCGGGUGCUGGAGAUGGUGGGUGGAGUGGCAGGCUCCUCCCUGGAGCAGACCAGCUGGCUCAGCCGCAGCCUGGAGGUCAAGCAUCAGCCACAAGUUUGUCUGGAGCAGGACGACCCGGAGGACGCCGACCUUUGCGACGCGGAUGCUCAGGCCAGCGCCAUGGUCUCAUCUUCCGCCCCAUCUGUCUAUAGUGUUCAGGCUCUCACCCUGUUGGCUGAGGUGCUGGCUCCUCUGCUGGACAUGGUGUACCGCAGCGAUGAGAAGGAGAAAGCUGUUCCACUUAUCUCCCGCCUCAUGUACUACGUCUUUCCAUACCUGAAAAACCACAGCGCCUACAACACGCCCAGCUUCUGUGCUGGGGCGCAGCUCCUGAGCAGCCUCAGUGGAUACGCCUACACCAAGCGAGCCUGGAAGAAGGAGGCCUUUGACCUCUACGUGGACCCGCUGUUCUUUCACAUGGACCCAGCCUGCGCUACUCACUGGCGCUCCAUCAUCGACCACCUGCUGACCCACGAGAAAACCAUGUUUAAGGACCUGAUGAGCAUGCAGAGCAGCGCGUUGAAGGUGUCCCCAAACUGCGAGCAGAAGGCCAUGCUGCUGAAGCGCCAGGCCUUCGCCAUGUUCAGCGGAGAGCUGGACCAAUAUCACCUCUACCUGCCGCUUAUUCAAGAGCGUCUGACGGAAAACCUGCGCAUGGGACAGACGCCCUCAGUGAUGGCCCAGAUGUUUCUCACAUUUCGGGUGCUCCUGUUGAAGAUCUCUCCCCAGCACCUCACCUCCCUGUGGCCCAUCAUGGUCACAGAGCUGAUCCGUGUGUUUGUCCGACUGGAAAAGGUUUUGCUGGAAGACAAAGAGGUCCCAAAGACCCUCAGUAAGGGGGGCGGGGCACGAGCAGGCCAGCAGAGGAACGGGCUGGUGGUGUUCACUCAGAACGAGCUGGACAUGUACUUGUCGGCCUGCAAGUUCCUGGACACGGCGCUGUCCUUCCCGCCCGACAGGAUGCCCCUGUUCCAGAUGUAUCGCUGGGCAUUUGUUCCUGAGGUAGAUGUGGACAGCUACAGUGGGCCAGGGAACAGCAUCAUGGAAGGAGAGCUGGAAUGCCGGCCCCAUAUCAUUAGGGUGAUGGAGGGACUGCGUUACAGGUUUGGGGAGCAGAAUGGUGCGAUCGAAGCAAUGAAACCAGAGCGCCUGGAGUUCCCCCUCCUCACUCUGCGCUCAAUCUCCUCCAUCACCCAGCUGGUGCCCUUCCUUCGGGUGCUUGGCUGCUCUUUCAGGGGCCCUGGAACUGACCCCCAGCCCCACCCCUUGCCUGUGGCUGAAUAUCCUGCUGCAAACAGCAAAGUCGUCCUAAGGAAGCUGGAGCAGGUCAUCGAGGGUGAGUUCCUGGAGUGUAUGGACAGCUAGAACUCAGAACACUGGAAUGUUUUAACUUAUUUGGACAAAAUGGUGGGUUUGGCAUUGGAUGAAGGACACUUGUGUUGAAAAGGAAAUGUCAGGGACUGUGCUAUCCCUGAUAGUUUCAUUAGGAAAAAUAAAAUAGGGAUAGGACUGUCAUGACAUCACCUUACUGCAGGAAAACAGAACCCCCAUCAGUCAUGGAGUCUAGUCUGUGGGUAACAACCAAUAGAACAAAGCUGGUGGUAAUUGUUGGAUACUUUCCAGCUAUAUUCCCAGGAUCCUUGUGGCUAUUAGCAGGUAGUAUCCAACAUUCUCUAUCUGCAUUGUACCAUUGUUUGUUUCCAACUUACUUAAUGAUUUGUGGAGAACCUCUCUGUUUUCUACCAGUCAUAACCCUGAACUCUGGAAUUCCUGGGAUCCCUGUGUUUGGAUAUAAUUAUUUUUGUUUUUCCCCUGUAGAACUUGUGACUUGUUUGUUUAUUGGUAAUCUAUCUGUGUUUUAUGUAAUUCUGUUUUAUUCCUAGUCACGUACUGUACUGUCAAACUAUAAACUCAAACUGGGUGGCAAAAUAUUUCCCACAUCGUCAGAUUUUUUAAUUUUUUGUACCUCAACUGUUACAUCAACUUGGGAAUGCUUGUGGAAUGUUCCCGUCAGAUGUGGAGUACAGAAUAUCUUUGCAUUCCAUGUCAUUGGUAAACAAUUAUUUGUUUAUUUGAAUUGUACAAUUUAAUGAAUGUAAAAUUUUCUGUACAUUCGCUGUUACACCUUUUACUCUGCUUAACUCUGGUAGGCAUGGGUUCUCCUGAAGUGUCAGAGGGAAUAGGCCCAACAUUUAGAAUUGACAAGAUUCAGUUUUUCUUCUGUGAAAUAGAUUAGUUGUUAUACUCUGUGCUUAUGAUGUCACCAGUACCAGUAUUAGUGCGGUUAUGUUUUUGGUUGGGUGGGGGUAAACUGCACUGGUAAUGUACACCACAGUGCUAAAUAAACAAAGAUGAAACCCUCUUUAUACAGUCUAUAAAGGUCUGUCAGAAUUACAGUAUGUGACCUAAUGAGGUGGUGGAAUUACUGUAUUUAAUUAUAUUUCCGUAUUGAUGGAUAUCAAGCUUUGUUUUGGAAGAUUAAAGACUGAAAACCCUGUUUGUGUGAAAUAUGAUUAAUAGUCCCGAACUGUGUCUGUGGUUUUAUUACUGGCUAAGUGUGCAAUAUAGAAUAAGCCUUAUAUGUGACUAGAAACACUACACAUUUACCUGCUUUUUUUUUUUUAUUCACGGGAACAGUCAAUCAAACUUGUGUCUUGUUGGGAAUAUGUGGUCCAUGUCUUAGUGGGUCUUUUUUUUAUUCCUUACAUAAAUGUGUAAAUUAUGUCAGUGUUUUAAGAAAUAAGAUUAAUUAUAUGAAAUGACAUGAUUACCUUGCUAUUAUCAUUACCAAUUAAAUAAACCCUGUAAAUAAAGCUGUCACCUGUAAAGAAAAAAAUAAUAAAUGGCACUUGAAUCAUA